AUGAUUGCGGAGAAACCCGUUUGGAUUAGGCAUGAAGGGUUGCCAAUAUUCUCCAUUGAUGUUCAACCCAACGGAGAAAGGUUUGCCACAGGCGGCGGUGACCACAAGGUUCGGAUAUGGAACAUGAAGUCGGUUGACACGGAUUUGCAAAACUUAGAUCCAAAAGAGAGGCUUCUUGCAACCCUUCGUGACCACUUUGGGUCAGUCAACUGUGUUAGGUGGGCCAAGCACGGUAGGUAUGUGGCAUCUGGUUCUGACGAUCAAGUGAUUCAAAUUCAUGAGAGGAAGCCUGGUUCGGGCACCACUGAGUUUGGUAGUGGAGAACCCCCAGAUGUUGAGAACUGGAAAGCUGUAAUGACUCUAAGGGGACACACUGCCGAUGUGGUGGAUAUUAAUUGGUCCCCAGAUGAUUCAAUGCUGGCUAGUGGGAGUUUGGACAACACGGUCCAUAUAUGGAAUAUGCGCAGUGGUAUUUGCACUACUGUACUCAGGGCUCAUUUGAGUCUGGUGAAAGGUGUAACCUGGGAUCCAAUCGGGACAUUCAUUGCUAGCCAGUCGGAUGACAAAACUGUGAUAAUUUGGAGAACAAGCGAUUGGAGCAUGGCUCACAGAACAGCUGGUCACUGGGAAAAAUCGCUCGGAUCCACAUUUUUCAGGCGACUUGGGUGGUCCCCCUGUGGCCACUUCAUUACUACCACUCAUGGGUAUCAGAAGCCGAGGCAUUCUGCUCCUGUUUUAGAAAGAGGGGAAUGGUCUGCAGCAUUUGACUUCUUAGGUCAUAAUGCUCCAAUCAUUGUUGUGAAGUUCAAUCAUUCAAUGUUUAAACGAACCCUUUCUAGUGCCCAAGAAAUGAAACGAGUUGGGUGGAGCAAUGGGACUUCCAAAUCAGGGGGGAAAGAUAUGCAGCCAUACAAUGUUAUUGCAAUAGGGAGUCAAGACCGCACUAUAACUGUAUGGACAACUGCAAGUCCACGCCCUCUUUUUGUGGCGAAGCAUUUCUUCGGCCAAAGUGUUGUGGAUCUAUCAUGGAGUCCUGACGGAUAUUCGCUUUUUGCAUGUUCCUUGGACGGAACAGUGGCGAUGAUUCACUUUGACCCAAAAGAAUUAGGUGUCAGGCUAACAGAUACGGAACUAGAUGAAUUGAAGAAAAGUCGAUAUGGAGAUGUCAGAGGCCGGCAAGCAAACUUAGUUGAGAGCCCAGCCCAAUUAUUACUUGAAACAGUCUCGACAAAGCAGAAAAAGCUAUCCGGUAGUAAAAGGGCAGCCUCAGAUGUUUCACAAAACCAGGGGACAACAAAACCCUCAGUGAAUGUAGAGGGUACUGUAAAGAAGCGUAAAUCUCAAGUCGAUGAUCGGAAUAUGACAGCAGAGGCUACUGGUGACACAUUAAAUAAAGCGUCAACCUCAAAUCAGGUAUCUAAUCCUGUGAAUCAAAAAGUAUAUAGAAGGCCUGACGGAAGAAAGAGGAUCAUUCCUGAAGCCGUUGGAGUUCCCCAGCAGGAGAAUAAUAUCGCAAUUAACGGGCAAUCCCAUAAUUUUCCUCCAGCUUCCUGUGCUGUUCCUGAUAAGGGAGAUAGUGGAGAUUUUCCUGUGGGGACUAGCAAUAGAGAUUCAUCCAUGAAAGAAAUAGUGGGCAGCAACCCCGAUCUUAAAGAGCGUUCAAGGAUUACAGCUCGUGCUACCAUUACUGAGAGCCUUGUUAUUGAGAAGGUUCCUGAAACCUCCGGUAGAAAUGAAGUUUUAAAUGUUGAACAGUCUGUAGGUAUAAAGGGAUCGUCUAGCACAGAUCUGUACAUACGGGUAUUUGAUUGGAAAGAAGGGGAAGCCAUGGCACCUGUUUGCUUAGAAGCUUGUCCUAGGGAGCAUACCUUGGACACUGUUGGUGCAGUUAGUACAUCAAUGAUCAAGGAAACUGAGAUUUCUUGCAAAAAAUCAGGUGAAACUCUUUGGUCUGAUCGAAUUAUGGGGAGAGUCACUGUUUUGGCUGGAAAUCCAAAUUUUUGGGCUGUUGGAUGUGAAGACGGAAGCCUCCAGGUUUACACAAAGUGUGGAAGGCGUGCCAUGCCUACUAUGAUGAUGGGAUCUGCUGCAACAUUUAUUGAUUGCGACGAUAGCUGGAAAUUGCUGCUUGUGACAAGAAAAGGAUCGUUAUAUGUGUGGGAUCUAUUCAAUAGGAAAUGCAUCCUCCAUGACUCUUUAUCAUCUUUGGUAUCUUCCAAUGUCAAUUUGUCUUCCACAGUAGAAGGUACAAUAAAAGUGAUAUCUGUGAAGUUAUCCAAGUCUGGUUCUCCUCUUGUUGUUCUAGCCACACGUCAUGCAUUCCUCUUCGACACGAGUCUAAUGUGCUGGCUGAGAGUGGCUGAUGACUGCUUCCCAGCCUCAAAUUUCAGUAGCUCCUGGAAUUUGGGAUCAACUCCAUGUGGCGAGCUUGCUGGUUUGCAGGUUGAUGUCAGAAAGUACAUGGCCAGAAAGCCAGGAUGGAACAGGAUUACUGAUGAUGGAAUGCAAACACGUGCACAUUUGGAAUCUCAGCUUGCAUCAUCUCUUGCGUUGGAGUCUUCUCACGAAUACCGCCAGUGCCUCCUCGCCUAUGUGAGGUUUCUAGCAAGAGAGGCAGACGAGUCAAGACUACGAGAAGUGUGCGAGAGCUUUCUUGGACCUCCGACUGGGAUGGCUGAAGCAGGAUCCUCAGACACAAACUUGUCUUGGGAUCCUUAUGUUCUGGGGGUGAAGAAGCAUAAACUUUUGAGAGAUGAUAUUCUUCCUGCAAUGGCGUCAAACAGAAAGGUUCAGCGUCUACUCAAUGAGUUUAUGGAUCUCUUAUCUGAAUAUGAAAACGCAGAAACAGCAGAUCUUGGCCCCAAGGUUCCGACACCUACCGUGGACUGUGGUGGAGUCCCAUCUUCAUUGGAUCAAAUGGAUUCUGAUCCUCCAGCCAUGACCGCUACUACACCUAUGACAAUAGAUAAUGACAAACUGGUUUCUAUGGGGAACUCAGUGGCUCUGGAGACAGGUAUCAUGUGUGAGAAACCGGGUUCUGAAGACCGGGAUAGACAUGGCGAGAAUUCAAGAAACUCAAGCUCUUGA